AUGUCGCGAUAUGGCUGGUCCCUCAACCGCGAGCAAAGCUCGCCGUACGGCUCCGUGACAGGCGGCGUCCCUGCCGUAACAGACGAAGACUUUAGCUACAUUACAUCACAAGACCUGGACGAUCCUCCCUACCCCAGAGCGCGACCUGGCGGCUCCCCGCCAGAGGAUGAUGUGCUACUCAUCAAAAACAAGGGCGUGACGUACCCGACGCAUUUCCCGGCAUACUCCAUCGGGGAUGGGAAGCUACGCGUAAUGGACGUGCGGGAGCGCAUCGGCCUGAUGAUGGAGUUGUCCGAGAGCGCGACUCGCCGCAUCAAGCUUCUUUACAAAGGACUCCAACUUAAAGAACCCGCUGCACCUGUGCGGGACUACGGAGUGAAGAACAACAGCGAGUUGAUGACGGUCAUUGCAAACAUCCAAGACGAGAGCAGCGCGUCCGAGGAGGAAAUGGUCAUUGUCAACGACAACCAGUCAGGCCGUCGUAAGAAGAAGCGAUCCAAGAAGAAGGGAUCCAAGGCCGAUGGUGACACUGCCAGCAGUCCCCCUGAUAGCACGUCCAAUGCGGAAGCUAGCUCACCUACUCCCGGUGCCGGCCUCAUGAAGAAGCUCGACGAGCUGUCGGAUGAAUUUUCCACCAACUGGCUGCCUCUCUGCGACAGAUUUAUUGCAUCCCCACCGAGCGAUCCCAAGAAGCGCGAGGAAGAGCACAGAAAGUAUUCCGAGUCGAUUAUGCAGACUAUCCUCCUCAAGUUAGAUGCAGUGGACACCAGAGGCAUCGCAGAAGUGAGGGCGAGAAGAAAGGAAGUGGUGAAGAAGGUUCAAGAAACAUUGAAAGCAUUAGAUGCAGCAAAGGCUUCCUAG